AUGCAGCAAAAUGUGGCCUGUCUGGUUGCAAUUUUAUUUUUCCUGGGCUCGUCUCGGGCUUCCUUUUGGACAUCUCCGCCCAUCAAGACCAACCACCCGUUCCUGUUCAUGUGGAACGCACCCACCGAGUUAUGCGAGACUCACUUCGGCUUACCACUUGACCUGUCGCACUUCCACCUGGUGAGCAGCACACUCAAGUCGGCCACCAACCAGAGCAUCUCAAUCUUCUACACCGACCGCUUUGGGAUUGUCCCACAUGUGGACGAAGACACUGGCGAGUUUGUGGACGAUGGCCUGCCCCAGCUGGUGGACCUCAAGGAGCACCGCGAGCUGGCUGAGGACGAUAUUGAGUUCUACAUCCCAGAUGACAAUCCGGGUCUGGCCGUGCUGGAUUUGGAGGAGUGGCGCCCGCAGUGGAUUCGCAACUGGGGCAGCAAAGAUAUCUACAGGCAAAUCUCCAUCGACAGAGUUAAGGCCAGGAACAGCAGUUUGUCCGAUGAACAGGCAGAGGAACGGGCCAAGAUGCUGUUCGAGCGUGCUGCCAAGCGCUACUUUUUGCGCUCGCUGCUUAUUGGGAAGCGCUUGAGGCCUAAACGGCUGUGGGGUUACUACCUCUACCCCGAUUGUUACAACUACGACUACAACCAGGACAUGGUGGACUUCAGCGGCGAGUGUCCAGAAAUUGAGAAGGAGCGCAACGAUGAGCUGUUGUGGCUCUGGAGAGAGUCCACUGCCCUCUACCCAUCCAUCUAUCUGGAGGUGGCACUGCAAGACUCUGCUCAAGCGCGACGCUUCGUGCGCCAUCGCCUGGUAGAAGCAGCCAGGGUGUCGGCGCUUGCAAAUGACUCGUACUCAAUUCCUGUCUACGCCUAUAUUCGCCCUGUCUACAAGGACAAGACUGAUAAAUACUUGUCAGAGAUGGACCUGGUGAACACCAUUGGAGAGGCGGCUGCUCUAGGCGCUGCCGGCGUCGUUUCCUGGGGAGAUAUGGCCGUCACUGAAAGCGAGGACUCAUGCUUUGAUGCUCGUCGCCACUUGGAGAACGUGAUGAACCCGUAUAUCCUCAACGUCUCCACCGCGACCAGGCUGUGUAGUGAAGCACUAUGCCAGAGUCGCGGCCGCUGCGUACGCAAGCGCUGGGACGAGGACGUCUACCUCCAUCUGGACGGGCGCCGCUACCGCAUCGAGCAACGCCACCAACUUGGCCCGCUAACGGUGAGCGGCGGCGGUCUGUCCCAAGAUGACGUGCACUGGUUCAGUCGUCAUUUUGAUUGCAUGUGCUACAACGAGUUGCCAUGUCAAUCAGCCAAGACUCUUAAUACCAUCCAAGACAGCCCCUUCUCUGCAAGGAGUCACUCCUGUUCGUGUGUCCAAUCCGUGGGAGUGCACUUCCUCCUGAUGGUCACUGCUACGGUUUGGCUCCAAGACCUGAUUGGUUGA